AAUAAAAAAUAAAACAAAGCCGUUUCAUUUUAUUUUAUUUAUUUAUUUAUUUUUAUUUUCCUUCUUCGUCUCCACAGUUCACACCAUUCUCGUCUUCCUCUAUAGAAAGAGCUCCGGAAAAAAAAAACAUUUCUUCCAUAUUCCCGAUUGAGUCCUCGAACCUUCUCGAAUUUCCCAAUCCAACCGCGACGACAUGGCUCCUGCCACCUCAUCGCCGGCGGCUCAGAGGCACAUCGGCUUCAGCCGGCGCACGCAGGCACCGCGGCGACCGGCUGACUCUCCGCCGGCAAAGAAGUAUAGGUCGUUGAAGGAGAUAAUGGCGAGGGCGAGCUAUGCGGUGGUGGAACGCGAGGAUUACAGCGACCUGACCUGCGAGCAAUGCGGCUCCGGCGAGCGGCCGGAGGAGCUGCUUCUGUGCGACAAAUGCGACAAAGGCUUCCACAUGAAAUGCGUGAGGCCAAUCGCGGUCAGGGUCCCGAUUGGAUCAUGGCUUUGCCCUAAGUGUUCGGGAGAGAAGAGAGUGAGAAGUUUAUCUCAGAAGAAGAUUAUUGAUUUCUUCGGGAUUCAGAAAUGUGCUAUUCGUGCUAAAGACAAACGUUCUUCUUCUCAGGAUGCUAAGAAGCGUCGUAGACGUUCAGGAUCCCUGGUAUUACAAAAGAAAAAGAGGAAAUUAUUACCAUUUAUUCCUUCAGAAGAUCCUGCCCAGAGACUGAAACAGAUGGGUUCCCUUGCUUCUGCUUUGACAGCAUUGCAUAUGGAAUUCAGUGAUCAACUCACAUACUGGCCUGGAAUGGCUCCUAGAUCUGCUAAUCAAGCCAAAUUAGAAAACGGUGGCAUGCAGGUUCUUUCCAAGGAAGAUAUAGAGACCUUGGAACACUGCAUAGCUAUGUCUACAAGAGGCGAAUGCCCUCCCUUUUUGAUUGUUUUUGAUUCAUGUGAAGGCUUUACUGUGGAGGCUGAUGGCCCGAUCAAGGAUAUGACAUUUAUUGCUGAAUACACUGGUGAUGUGGAUUACAUUAAGAACCGAGAGUAUGAUGAUUGUGACAGUAUGAUGACCCUUCUUCUUGCAGCAAAUCCUUCUGACAGUCUUGUCAUCUGUGCUGAUAAACGUGGAAACAUUGCCCGCUUUAUCAAUGGCAUCAACAAUCAUACUUUGGAAGGUAGGAAGAAGCAGAACUGUAAAUGUGUGAGAUACAAUGUUAACGGUGAAUGCAGGGUCUUUUUGGUUGCUACUCGAGAUAUUUCUAAGGGCGAGAGGCUUUAUUAUGAUUAUAAUGGUUAUGAGCAUGAAUAUCCAACUCAUCAUUUUGUCUGAGUGAAAGUCAUAAAUACCUCCUAACAAUCCUAUAGAAUUGGAUGCAAUUAUAGGUCCUCGUGAAAGGAUUUUCAUGAUUUUCUUGAAAAAUUUAACUCAUUGUUCUUGCAGAUUCAACAAAUUUUUUCCUAAAUUGUUGCCAUGGGAA